AUGUCGCUCUCUUGCAACCGCUUCUUCCGGUUUCUUCGCUCGAUAUUCGUGCCAACCACCACUAUCCUUGCUUUCUCGUGUUUACUUCUCUUCUUCUUUAUUCUCUAUCAACCAACUGACGGUCCCGGUGAUCAAUUGCGUCUCGGAUGGCAAUCUUGGGACUACAUCUCGUCUUCCUCUGAGGCUUCGUACGUAGUACCGGAUGGAACAGAUUGGUGGAAUGUCACUGCACCGGAGGGUGAAGCUGUCGACAGUGCGAGCUUGCCGCUUGAUAUUUGGAAUCCGCUACUUCCGCAUGACACUGGCUUGUCUGAGAUCAUGAUCGUGCGCUGCAUGUUCGCCUCUCAGUGGGCUGAAAUGUGCGCACCCAAGUCGUCGAAAGAAGACGAGGCGAUCAAAGGCAAAUGGGUCCGUGUCGAUCCUGAUCUGAAUAUUCAAUCUGGGAUGUGGCAUCUUAAUGUUUACUACCGCCGCACUCGCCGACUCGAUGUCCGACUCAUCACCAACAUCCAACUACUCCCCACCGACGCACCAGAACCACCGCCUUCCACUCCAGGCUCAACCUGGACCAAAGCCGACCUUUCCAUCCGUGACGGCGUCUACAAGACCGAGCCUCUCUUCCUCUGGUUCGAGACCGGGAAGACAGCAGGCGAAAUGACUGCCGAGGAGAAGCAGAAUUUGAUCACAGAGAUCGACGUGACGUAUGGAGACGGAAAUCCUUGGUUUGGCUUCGAGAAGCUGUCUCCAGCGACGACCGAGAGGCAGGAGGGUCUGCGGGAGAACGUGUGGUUGACGUACAGGAAGGGUGUCAAGGCCGUUCCUCGCGCCCCGCCGUUGCACUUCUCUCGGGAUGGUCGAUUCAAGAUCAUGCAAGUCGCCGAUCUUCACUUUUCAGUCUCAGCAGCACCCUGCCGCGACACGAACAUCAACUGUGAUCCUGGAGCCUUCAAUGUCACCUCCACUCUCAUAGGCCAAGCCCUCGACAUCGAAAAACCGGACCUCGUUAUCUUCACCGGCGAUCAGCUCAACGGCCAAGGCUCUGCCUGGGAUGCCAAAUCCAUUCUUGCCAAAUUUGCAUACGAAGUCACUUCUCGUCAGAUACCAUGGGCUGCUGUCUUUGGUAACCACGAUGACGAGGACGCUCGUGAGACAGGUUGGAAGAAGGACCAGAUCAAGAUGAUGCAGGCAAUGCCCUACAGUCUCGUGAAGGCGGGACCAGAGGAUGUGCAUGGGGAAGGCAACUAUGUCCUCAAGGUUCUCAGUGCGGACGCGAGCAAGACUCACCUUUUGACGAUGUACUUCUUGGACUCGGGGAGUUAUUCGAAGGGCUUCAUCGACUGGUUUGGAUUCUUUACACCAACGGAGUAUGACUGGAUUCACGAGGUACCUUCUAUCAGUCCCAUAGAGCGACCAUUCACGCCUGACGGCACCAGGGAUAUGGGUGACUUGUGGGCUCGUCAAGAUCAGGUCGCUCCCCAGACACGCAAACUCGCAAAGCCGAACGCUCUCAUGUUCUUCCACAUUCCUCUUCAAGAAGCCUACGCCGCACCGGACGUGCACCCCGACACUGGGGCCCUUCUUAAUGUCGGGCUCCAUAGCAUAGAGAACCCCGGGGCUGCGAAGACCAACGGAGGCAUGUUCUCGAAGGGACUGUUACAGGCCACGGAGAGCCCCCACACAGGGAAUCGGGGGAUCCCCGAAGUCAAGGUCGUCGGUAACGGACAUUGUCACAUCACCGAGAACUGUAAGCGUGUAAAUAACGUGUGGCAGUGCUUUGGUGGUGGAGGGUCAUACGCGGGUUACGGUCGCGUUGGGUUCGACCGUCGCUUCCGCAUCUAUGAUAUCUCGGAUUACGGAGAGACGAUCAAGACAUACAAGCGUCUCGCGAGCGACAAGGUCAUGAACGAGAUGGUUCUUGCAGGACGUGGUGCCCCUCCGUACCUGAAAUGA